AGCAACAAUAACGCAGCUCCGGUUUCAAAGUCUCCACAAAACCGCCCAGCAUUCCAUCCGAGCAUUCCAGAUCCCGCAAAAAGAGCUUUUUUAGCCUCGGCUAGAUUUCUUUUGGGGCGUUCUUUUGGGUUCUUGCUGCAAGAAAUGGGUUGUUUCUUUCACCAACCAGAACCAUUUUAUUAACCAUUUUGCUACCACAGGUUGGCCUAUAUAAGUGCCGUUUUGGUUCUGCUCAGUCUUCUCUAACCAGGUUGCAACUCAGCAUAAAUUUCUUCCAAAUUUCAAGAUACUUUGCAUCAUUGAAUCCCGAACAAUGACCACACAUUAUACUUUGCCAGAUGAAGCAACAAAAAUUCUCUUGGAGUUUUUAUUGAACGAUAGUAAAUUAGCUGUUCCCCAGCAUUUCUUGAGAUUUAAAAAUUCAGUUCGAUUCAAUUCCCCAAGCAACACUAAAUCCCCAUUUUUGCCAACCUCUUUGAAAAUUUCUGAAUCAUGUAUUGCAUUGUGGGCUCUUCUAGCUGUGUUGACUAAUGGUAUCCUCAACCUCAGAUACAACACUCCAAUUCAAGACCUAACUUCAGACAUUAACAUUGAUGCAGCUAUUCUAUACUUGGCUUCCCAUUUUUUCUUGACUUUUAAUGGAGAAACAAGCAUUUCUCCUAGACUAAUCGCAAGGGGAAUUUCUUAUGAUCUCCACAAAAACAUUUCUGAUCCAUAUCGAGCCUCAUUGACCAAUAUUUAUCAAACUAGGGAUAACAAAUUUUUCCUUUUGCAUAACUCAUUAAAUGCAACCCCAGGUUUGAACUUAUUGGGUUUACCUGAAGAUAUAACCAAACUAAAUCUUCAGAAAUUAUUUCCCAAUCAGCAAAAUCCAUCUAAAGAGGACUGGUUCAACAAUUUUAAUAAUCACAUCAAGAAAAAAUUUGAUAGUAAGUCUUUAGAUAUCCUCACAAAUGAAAGAUAUAAACAAGCAGGUACAAUUUGCUAUAAAUAUGAUGACUUCCUUAAAACUGAUCAUGGAAAAGCAAUUCAAAAUCAUUCACUUUAUCAAAUUAAAAAAAUUCCAGACUCCACUCUUCUUCCCCCAAUUCCUUUUAACAACUCUCCAAAAACUUUAUCUCACUCCACCAAAAAAAAUUCAAAGCCCUUAGAAGGUAUCAAAGUUAUUGACUGUUCAAAAAUUAUUGCUGGUCCAGUUAUUGGUAAAAUCCUAGCGUCGUUAGGUGCUACUGUCUUGAGAAUCUCUUGCCAUGACACUCCAGAAUAUGCUUUCUUUCUAUAUGAUUCAAACUUGGGUAAGAGAGAUGUAAAUUUAAAUCUAAAAUCAAAGCCAGAUAAACUAAUAUUCGAUUCUUUACUAAAUGAUGCCGAUAUCAUAAUCGAUGGUUAUAGACCCGGCGUUUUAGAUAAAUUAGGCUUUUCAAAAAAUUAUCUCAGUUUUAUAGCUGAAAGAAGAAAGAAAGGUAUCAUUAUUGUUGAUGAAAAUUGUUAUGGUUUUGAUGGCCCCCUUAAAAACAGAUCUGGCUGGCAGCAAGUCGCUGAUUGUUUAACUGGUGUAGCAUUUAAACAAGGUGAAUUCUUAGGCCGUAAAAAUGAGCCUGUUUUACCCUUUUUCCCAACUUCUGAUUAUUUAGUUGGCGUCACUGGUGCUUGUGCUGCACUACAAGCCUUGUAUAGAAGAGCAACUGAGGGUGGCUCUUACCUCGUUCAAACUUCUUUAUGCCAAAUUGAUUUGUUUUUGCUAAAACUAGGUGAAAUACCAACCCAAUUUCAAAAUAAAAUUAAACAAAAAUAUAUCAAUGAUCCUGAAAAUCCAGCAAAUAAUGUUUUCAAAUUAAGAUUCUUUAAUGAUAUGCAAUCCAUGAAUAUGGCUAUUUUUUCUUAUUUAAAGACUUUUCAUCAAACCCUAGUAUUAAAUCCAAGUAAUAUCUCACUUACUGACUCUAAAUGGGGAAAGUGCGAUGAAAUCGUUGGCUAUUUAAAGUCUCCCGCUCAAUUUAAUACUUUUGAUAUAUCCUUUGAAAUUGGUACCUGUCAAAGAGGUUUUUAUGAGCCCAAAUGGCCAUAAUUUAAUAUCUUUUAUUUCCAAAUUUCACUCCGAUAUUCACUCUUCAAUAUUCACUCUUCAGUCUUUAAUAUC